UAUUUCUAUAAGACUUUAUUGUUACUGUGGAAUUCUUUACUUUUCGUUGGCGGGUAAAAAUAAAAUAUUUAAGACAAUCGGUUUCUCUAAAUUGUUUGCAAUUUUAUAUGGAUAGGUUUAUAGUAAAAACAAAAAAAUAUGAUAAACCAGAGCCAUCAACAUCGCAUAAAAAAAGGGUGGACAGCGAGGUUGAGAGUAGUUCGGAGGCGACAGAAAACUCGGGUACAGAAUCGGAAGAAAUAUCUAAUCCAAAGCCAAGGAAUUGCAAAAGGAAAAAAAUAUCUAGGUAUUAUUGCAAGCAAUGGGAGCUGCAAUACAAAUGGAUAAAGAAAGACGAAGAGACUAAACGUCCAAUUUGUAUUGCCUGCAAACAACUAUUAGUUAAUCAAAAAACGCAUAUUAUUCGACAUGGAAGCACAAAAAAACAUAUUGAAAAUUAUAAAAAAGCUAUCGAAUCGGAGAAAAUGCAGUUGACGAGUUUUUUACCACAAAACAAUAGCCAUUCAGUGAAUGUUGCGGUGGCAGAAAUUAAGCUGGUACUUCGAAUGAUUAUUAACAAUCAGUCAUACCGAUCAAUGGACAAACUUGCCAAAUUCAAUUCCUCCAUUUAUCCAGAUUCGUCGAUAGCAAAAUUGGUGACCUGCGGGCGCACUAAAUCAAAACAAGUUGUUCAGUUCCUAGGGCGGGAAGGUUUUCAGCGUAUGAUUACUAAUAUGCAGCGACAAAUUUUUAGUCUGAUUAUCGAUGAAACAACUGACAUUUCCACCGAGAAAUGUUUGGUAAUGGUUGUCCGACAGUUUGAUCAAGAUAUCGGCAAGACUCGAGAUUCUUUCUUUUUAUUAGUGCAGCCACCAGGUGGAUCAGGUGAAGAUAUUUGUAAUGUCAUUAUAUCUGCCAUAGAACAACAUAAAAUUCCGUUGAAAAAUUUUGUGGGAAUUUCCACAGAUAAUGCGUCCAGUAUGGUUGGAAAAAAUAGAGGUGUAGCAAACUUGUUAAAAGGAAAAGUACCCAACAUUUUUCAUAUUGGUUGUGUUUGCCAUUCCAUCAAUUUGGUGAAUUCUUCAUCUCUAAAGUGCAUUCCCGAUAACGUGGAACAGCUGUUAAGAGACAUUUUUAAUUACUUUAAAAGUGCAAAGAGGCAAUCAGAUUAUAAGGAACUCCAAAGCAUUUUCGAUGUACCUGAGCACAAGCUUUUAAGAUUAAGUGACACUAGAUGGCUUUCUUUCGAAUCUGUUUCCAGGCGGGUACUUGAACAGUGGUCUGUACUGCAACACUAUUUUAUAAAAGAACAAUUUGAGACAAAAUGUGCAAAGCAAUUGAAAAAAAUACAUUCAAUUCAAAAUGAGUUAUCAAUAGUAAAUAAGAUAUAUUUACAUUUUUUAGUUUAUGUUCUUAAAAUAAUGAACACUCUAAACACCUCUUUUCAAAGCGAGUCUUCUCAAAUAAUAUACCUUUGUUCUAUGACAAAAGACAUUUUACUUCAACUUUUCAGAAACUUUGUAAAAAAGGAAUUCAUAAUUCUUCCUGAAAUUUGGACCAUUGAUUAUAAAAAUUGUUUUCACAUCAAGGAUGUGACGCAAAUAUAUAUAGGUUAUGAGGCGGAAAAAUUAAUUUCUUCAGAAAAUAUAGCAGAAGAAAAUGUUUCUCUAAUUAAAGGCAAUAUACUUAAAUUUUAUCAAAAUGUGUGUGAUCAAAUAUUGUCAAGAAUUGAUAUUAAUAACAAAAGACUGAAUAUUUUAAGAUUCUUAGAUCCUCUUCACAUUAAAUCUAAAGAAGAUAUAGAUUAUAAAAGUAUAGUGACUGAAUAUAGUUACGUAAUAAGCCAUCCAGAAGCUUUUAUCUAUGAAUUAAAGUUAUUAGAAAGUAAGUCAAAUGAUAAAUUAUAUGAAAACUUAUUCGCAAAAACGAAUAUUGAACUUUUUUGGAAUGAAGUUGGAAAUUUAAAAAACAAUCUAAAUGAAUAUCUAUACCGUAAUGUGUAUCAGUUUGUUGUAUAUGUUUUUACUUUGCCUCACAGCAGCGCUUGUGCUGAACGAGUUUUUUCAAAACUGACGAAUAUGAAAAAUAAAUUAACAAAUAGGUUGAAAAUAGAAACUUGCCACUUCAUGUUAUCAGCAAUUAAUUUAGUUGAGUGUGAAUUGGAAGAUUGGAAUCCUAGUAAUGAUCUCAUUCAAAAAUAUAGAAAAGAAGUCACAAAUAAAUAAUAAAAAUUAAUGUUAUUU